AUCGAACAUCCCUUUUCCGUGUAUAGGAGGUUCAGUAACCGAUCAUGCAUCGGUUAUCAGGACCUCCUCAAUGCCAAACGAGCAUCCGGAAACAAAACCAGCCACCGCACGACAUCCUUUCCUUUUAUUCCCCUUCCUUCCAACCGCCAUCCCCCACCAACGCAAAGAAUGAAGUUCACGUCCAUUCUGGCUUUUUGCGCCAUUGCGUUCACCGCCGUCUCUGCAUCGCCCAUUGAUACCAACGCUCGCCGUAUGGCAGCGGGUCUUCCCCCCUUGAAGCCCCGCAACUUGUACGGGAGGGAGGCGUUCAACGCCUUUAACCCCGGCGAAGGAGGAGGAGGAGGAGGCGGAGGCGGAGCACCUCCUGCCGCUAAGCCUUCCAAGCGUGCCAUAUCUAUCUAGAGGCUGGAGAAAGGAGAAUAGACAACCCAGCACACAUUAUAUCGCUACCCUGAAACCCAGCCAUUUAGUUAUUACUUUCAUUCUAUCCGGUACCCUAAACCCAAACACUCUUUUACAUCACACUCGUUUAACACUAGACCUUUGGAUCAUUCUAUUUCCUCCUUUCUUUCGCACACUUUGAGGAUUUUUGAUGUUGUACAGGGGUUUUUAAAUGCGAUAUUGUCAACCUAUGGUCUCCUAUGGUCCCCGUUAAGACAAAUCAUGUUUCUCCUUACUGCUUUUGUUAUCCAUUAUUCAAGCUUCUUCCCGCUGACAGCGCAAAACGAGAGUCUGUCCGCCUUGUUG